AUGACAGAUGGCAGUUCAAAGUGGGCUGCCUUGGGGUUGAAAUGGGGCUCACAAUUCCCCAUUUCAAGUUUCCAGCCCGAGCUCGGGACUUGGUUGGACACACGUGCAAAGCCAUGGGGUGUUGGCUGCAAAGUGUGUAACCAAAACCGGUUGGUCAGCAUCUUUGCAAACUAUGAGGUCACAAAGCCGAGUCAAAUGCAGAAAAUCAACUUCCAGAAGCACCAGAAGACAAAGGCGCACCUUGGAGCUGUCAGAGACUAUCUUCAUCGAACUGGUGGCUGUUCCGGCCAAAGUGGCUGGUCCGGCCACAGUGGCAUGGGCUGCUUCGGCCCAGCAAAUCCAAGCAGCGAAGGUGGCUGUCUCGGCCCCCCGUCAACAUUGGCUCCGUCCUGCCAAGAAUUUUCUGAUUUUAUUGGAAAAUUCGGUAAAUCAACAACCUUGACGCGAAAGGAGUUGCGAAUGGCUUGGUGUUUAGCUGAAGGGGUCAAAGUUUUGGACCAGCGAGCUACCCAAAGUGCUUCCUUGAUUGCUUUGAUGCGGGAUGAAAGACAUGGAAGGGUCGCAGUUAGAUUUCGAACAGUCUCGUCGGACCUGUCUGUGCGCAGCGGCUUUUUAGGCCAAGGAAGAUUUGAAGGCACCGGCGCAGACAACUUGUCAAAAACAACUUUGAAUAUCAUGAAGCGUGCCUGCUCAAGAUUCUAUGGGGCACCUGAUGGUCACCUGGCUGGGCAUUUGAAAGCACCUUUGUUGAAACUUCUCAGGGAAAAGGUUGUUGUCCUGUGUGCUGAUUCGGCAGCAGAUGAGAUGGCCAGCGCUGAGAUAAUGAGGUCGGCAGCUCUGUCUGUCAAUGGCGCUGAAGCGCUGACACCAAACCUUCAGCAUGUUUUCCGAGAUCGAGCCCAUGCGUCACGAAGGUUGACCAGCAGGCCCUGGCAUGCUGAUCCCAAACUGAAAGAAAUCAUGGACUAUAUGUGCAGAGGCGCUUCCAUGGCUAAAAUUAUGCAUCACUCAGUGGAAAUCAAGAGAAUUUUUUCUGAAUAUGCCAAGACCUCAAAUGCAGCCGUGCAAAGGAGUUUGAACUCGUUCAGGGCAGCAGGGCAUCGCUUUGAGUCCUUUGCCCGUCCACUGGGUAGGACACUUCUAUAUUUCCAUGCUACCUUGAAAACAGCACUUCACUUGGUGCGAACUCGCACAGGCUCCGCUGCCAAGCGGGCAAAAGCAUGGCUUCUUUGGAUUUCAGAAGAAAGGCUCGUGCAAGCAGCAAUGCUAGCCGACGCAGCAGACUCCAGCUUGGCACUCACACGUGCGCCCGACGAGGAAAGCACUGACCCAGCGGUUGUCCACAAAGAACUUCACUGUUAUAUGAAAGAGGUGCACAGUCUUUUUGUUGGAAAGAAGUGUCUGCAACAGUUCGGAUACACGUCAACUGUCUUGGACAUGUUAAAAUCACCGAUCGUGUUUCAAGUUGGCAAGGAUUUGAAAUCAAUCGGAUCGAGCCAUGGGGUUGCUUCUGAAAAAGUCGAUCGCUGUUUCGGCGCCAUGCAGGCUUGGGUUAAAUUGGCUGAUUCGGCCAUUCAGGCAGAAUUCCCUGAUUUCGAAGUCAUUCAGGCGUAUGAUAUUUUCAAUUUGGGUGGCUUGUCUAACCAUUCGGAAAAACAUCUCCGCAUUCUAGCCCAUGCGUUUAAACUAGAUGAGAGACAAUUGGAAGAGCAGUGGAAAGACAUCUACCCUAGAGCUCAGCUGGCUUUCAGGUUUCAGGUUGGGAAAUUGAAGGACUCCACCGCCAAAGGUUUGGCAAGGCAGGCAAACAAGGAAGCGUGGGAAGAAACCAUUGCCAGCAUGGCGGCGCACCAUGCGACACAGAAAGCUCAUCCAACGAAUGUCUUGAGGACGUGCUUGGAAAAUUACUUUGUGUGCACGCCAAGUACGUCUGGGGUGGAGCAAAAUUUUAGCAAGGUAGCUUACAACUUUACCAAGCAGCGGCACCAUGCUUUAGCAAGUCAUGAAGAACUCGUGUUAAAACUGUUCUUGGACUUGCCACAGCAGACCGUGAGUGAGCAAGAAGAAAUCUGUAGAAUUGCUCGCGUCGCUUGGUCCUGCCAGUAUGGCGCUCCGCGUGAGAGGAAAGGAGCACGUGUGGACAAAGGCUUGAAAAGGAAUAGGGACAACGUUGCCAGUGACGAGAAGUGCCCUACUGAAACUGAUUUCAUCAAGAGGCGCCGGAGAGCGGCUGCAGCGGCUGCUGAGGACUACCAGUUGACGGAUGUUGAUGUCAAUGAAAACUGCUGGACAGCAAACCAUGACAAGGAAAACACUUUUUUGAAGAAUAAGACAGCUGCACGCAAGAGCCAGGCAAUUGCUGAGGACAGUUUGCCUCUGGAAUAUGUUACAGAAGAAGAGAAGCAGCAGUCUAUGGGAAUAAUGGACAGGUUUGAACUGAACCAACAGAAACGGCGGCGGCAAGCUUUGCGGCACGAGAAGGCUGCCAAAGAAAAGGACCGAGGGAGGAUUUUGGCAGAGCUGCAUGGUGGACAAGUUUAUUUGGCUGUUCCGGCCACUGUGCAUCUUCAGGCUGCAUUGGCAAAUGCUGGCUUGACGGUUUGUCACAACAUGUUAGAAGCUGAUGUUUUGAUUUGUCACCGGCCUGGAGACUGCAGUGAGAAGGACAAGCUUAGCAUUGUCGCUGGAGUGCUGGGUCGUCUGGAGGCAUGUCCCGAUUUUUUCCUUCGCGGUUCGGGUGCUGCUUUGAAAUUUCAUUGUGCUGCUUCGGCACGACGGGCUUUGAUUGUGUCAGCUGAAUGUGCUCAGAGACAUUUGCCAUUUUGGCAAAUGCUAUGGUCUGUUUUGCCGCCUGGUUGCAAGUGGACGCUUCACAAAAUGGCUUCCGACGCAUCGUUUCAAGACAUGACCGACAAACAAAGAGAUUAUCCGCAAGGAGUUGGUUACUUGGUUGUGUCGCCAGAGGAGCGCUCGGCUGUGGCAUUGGCGAGGGCGAAGCAAGUUUACACUGUGGAGACUUUAAUGCAGCGCAUUCGUAGGGCAGACCUUCUUGCAUCGCUGUUUCGGCCAGUUGAUUUGGCUGCUUCGGCCAGAAUCAGCGGCGAGAUGCAGCGAACGCCUCGUUUGGUGAAGGUGGGUUCGGAUUUUUCCGGGUUGGACACGGGUAUGCUGGCUUUGCAGCGGUUGCCACAGAUCCCUGUCGAGCACACAUUUUGUUCAGAUAGCGACGAAGACUGUCAGAAGCUUUUGCAGAAGUUCUACAAUCCGAAGACACUAUACGGCGACGUAUCCAACCGCAAAGAAGAAGACGAAAAGACGGUUGAUCUCUACAUUGCCACGCCCCCUUGCCAGGCAUGGUCUGCGCAGGGCAAGAAACGUGGUCUGAAAGAUCCUCGUGGUGGCCUGAUGACGGUGGCAAUGAAAUAUGUUAAACGCCGAAAACCCCGAGCAUUCGUGCUCGAAAAUGUCAAAGGCUUAUGUGCCAAGAGGUUUAAACCAGUGCUGAAAGGAAGUAAAGAAAAACUCCAAGAGCUGGGUUACAAAACCUUCUUUGGUGUGCUCAACUCCAAAAAUUACAAGGUUGCUCAGGACCGCAAGCGUCUCUUCAUCAUCGCAGUCAGAGAGGAUUCGUACAGACGACCAUUUAAAUGGCCAAAGUCGCAGGGCGCAAGGUCGUUGACGUCAGUUUUGGACCCAGAAACUUCAGAAGACGUUCCUGGUCGAUUGCCAGCAAACAAAAGGAGCAAAGAGUUGGCAUUUACUGUGUACAAAAAGGUUUUCAAUGACCACAAGGUGGAUCAAAGAAAGACACCUGUAGCAAUCGAUGUUGGCUGCAGCAAGUCUUUCCUGACAUAUGGUGUGGAGAUUGCACGGACCCUAUCCAAGUCUCGGGCCGCAAGCGGCAGCUUCUGGAUUUCGUCGCGUGGAAGGAAGAUGACCACAAAUGAAAUUAUGCGGGUGUCGGGCAUUCGACCAGAGUCUGAAUUGAUGGGUUGGCAGGAGGUGACUACAAAGUCCAAAUUUCAAGGCAUGCUUGGAAAUUGCGUCCCAUUGCCAUUGAUGGGCAACGUUCUGCAAAAUGCUUUGUUUUCAGCGGGACUAAUUUCUGCCACGGUGCCCUUCCCGGCGUAG